CUGGCGGCGCGGGACGGGGACCGGCGGGCCGGCAGGGGCCGCUGUGGCCGCGGCGGAGGCGCGAGUGCCGAGGCAGCGCGGGCAGGAGCGGCUACGGCUGCUGGAGCCGGGCGGCCCGCGGAGCAGCUGGCUCGGGGCUGCGAGAGCCCGCGGCAGCGCAGCCCAUGAAGCUGAAGAAGCAGGUGACGGUGUGCGGAGCGGCGGCCUUCUGCGUGGCCGUCUUCUCGCUCUACCUGAUGCUGGACCACGUGCAGCGCGACCCGGCCCGGCCCCUGCCCGGGGGGCACUUGCCGCGGAGUCAGAUCUCGGCGCUGCAGAGCCGCAUCGAGCAGCUGGAGCAGCUGCUGGAGGAGAACCACGAGAUCAUCGGCCGCAUCAAGGACUCGGUGCUGGAGCUGACGGCCGGGCACGAGGGGCGGACCGCGCCGCUGCCCGUCCGGCUGCCCAACGGCUCCUGGGCGCUGCCCACGAACGGCCGGCCCGGCUUCUUCUCCGUGGCGCCCGGCGACUGCCGGCCAGGCCUGCGCGCCGCCCGCCCCGAGCCAGACCUGCAGAUGCUGGCGGUGUCGGCGCUGUUGCCCUACGACAACCAGGACGGCGGGGCGUGGAAGCAGGGCUUCGAGAUCACCUACGAGCCCCACGAGUGGGACGCGCAGCCGCUGCAGGUCUUCGUGGUGCCCCACUCCCACAACGACCCAGGCUGGAUCAAGACAUUUGACAAAUACUACGUCGAUCAGACUCAGCACAUUCUGAACAAUAUGGUGCUGAAGCUGCAGGAAGACCCCCGGCGGCGCUUCAUCUGGUCUGAAAUCUCCUUCUUCUCCAAAUGGUGGGACAACAUCAGCAGCCAAAAACGGGCUGCAGUCCGCAGGCUCAUAGGGAAUGGGCAGCUUGAGAUGGCCACCGGAGGCUGGGUGAUGCCAGAUGAAGCUAAUUCCCACUAUUUUGCCAUGAUUGACCAGCUCAUUGAAGGGCACCAGUGGCUGGAGAAGAACAUUGCAGGGGUGACGCCACGCUCCGGCUGGGCAGUGGAUCCCUUUGGUCACAGUGCCACGAUGCCUUAUCUCCUGCGUCGGGCUAACCUGACCAGCAUGCUCAUCCAGCGUGUCCACUAUGCCAUCAAGAAGCACUUUGCAGCUACUCAGAACCUGGAGUUCAUCUGGAGGCAGAGUUGGGAUCCGGACUCCAGCACAGACCUCCUCUGCCACAUGAUGCCUUUCUACAGUUAUGAUGUGCCCCACACUUGUGGGCCUGACCCGAAGAUCUGCUGCCAGUUUGACUUCAAGAGGCUGCCAGGUGGGCGCAUCAACUGUCCCUGGAAAGUCCCUCCCAAGGCCAUCACCAGCAGCAAUGUGGCCGAGCGGGCACAGCUUCUGCUUGACCAGUACCGGAAGAAGUCCAAGCUGUUCCGAAGCAGCGUCCUGCUGGUGCCCCUGGGAGAUGACUUCCGCUACGACAAGCCCCAGGAAUGGGAUGCCCAGUUCCUCAAUUACCAGCGCCUCUUUGACUUCCUGAAUGCCCGUCCAGAGCUGCACGUGCAGGCCCAGUUUGGGACACUCUCAGACUAUUUUGAUGCCCUGUACAAGCAGAUGGGCAUCAUCCCAGGCAUGAACCCGCCUGGCUUCCCAGUGCUCAGUGGGGACUUUUUUUCCUACGCAGACCGGGAAGACCACUACUGGACAGGCUACUACACUUCCCGGCCCUUCUAUAAAAGCAUGGGCCGAGUGCUUGAAGCCCAUCUCCGGGCUGCUGAGACCUUAUACAGCUUGGCCCUAAGUCACGCCCACCACGCUGGCAUGGAGAGUAGGUACCCACUGUCCGAUUAUGCCAUGCUCACAGACGCCCGGCGCAAUCUGGGACUCUUCCAGCAUCACGAUGCCAUUACUGGCACCGCCAAGGAAGCAGUAGUAGUGGACUAUGGUGUCAGAAUGCUCCACUCGCUGAUGAAUGCCAAGAGGGUCAUCAUCAAUGCUGCCCAUUACUUGGUCCUGGCAGACAAGGAGGCCUACCACUAUGACAUGGCAAUGCCCUUCCUUGGCGCAGAUGAGACCCGUCUCAACCAGGACUCCCUGCCAGAGAAAAUGGUGAUCAAAUUGGAUGCCACACCCAGGUUUGUGGUGGUAUUCAAUCCGCUGGAGCAAGAACGCCUGACUGUGGUAUCCCUGCUGGUGAACACUCCUCGGAUCUGCAUCUUGAAUGAGGAAGGGCAGCCCCUUGCUGUGCAGCUCAGUGCCCAGUGGCAGUCUGCCACAAACAUGGUGCCCGAUGUCUUCCAGGUGUCUGUCAUGAUACGCCUGCCGGCACUGGGCCUCACCAUCCUGCAAUUGGUCAAGUCUUUUGACAGCCACAACAUGCUGACAUCUUCGGUGCGCCUCUUCCUGCACGGCCGUGAAUUCGCUGGGCAUAAGCACGAAGCUGUCCCCAUACAGGUCCUGUCCACCACCGUGGACGAUUUCUGCCUGGAGAACCAGCACCUGAGAGCUUGUUUCUCAGGGCCGAGUGGCUCGCUCAAGAGUGUGCAUCAUGUUGGCGACAAAUGGGAGCAGCAGCUGAGCAGCCAGUUCCUCGUCUACGGGACCCGGACAACCAAGGACAAGAGCGGUGCCUACCUUUUCCUGCCCGAUGGUGAAGCCAAGCCCUACACCCCCAAGGACCCUCCGGUGGUACGGGUGACCGAGGGGCCCUUUUUUUCAGAGGCAGCCAUUUACUACCAGCACGUCCAAGAGGUGGUCCGGCUCUACAAUGUGCCAGGGGUGGACGGCCUCUCUCUGGAGAUCUCCUGCCUGGUCGACAUUCGUGACCACGUCAACAGGGAGCUGGCUCUGCGCUUCAGCAGCAACAUUGAGAGCAAGGGCAGGUUCUUCACUGACCUGAAUGGCUUCCAGAUCCAGCCCCGGCAGUACCUGGAGAAGCUGCCACUGCAGGCCAACUUCUAUCCCAUGCCAGUCAUGGCCUACAUCCAGGACAGCCAGCACCGCCUGACUCUGCAUACAGCCCAGGCCUUGGGAGUGUCCAGCCUCGGCAGUGGCCAGCUGGAGGUGAUUUUGGACCGGCGUCUCAUGCAGGAUGAUAACCGUGGCCUAGGACAAGGUCUGAAGGACAACAAGCGGACCUGCCAUCGCUUCCGCCUCCUGCUGGAGCGAUUCAGCUCGGCAAACAAGAGCUCCAGCUUCUUUUCCAAACUGGCCUCCAUGCUGAGAGACUUGGUCUUCCCUAGCAGCAAGGCUGAAAGCCCAGAGGCCCAGGAGGACCAGCCCACCAGCUUCCCGUCUCUGCUCAGCCACAUCACCUCCAUGCACCUAAAUGCGGAGGUUCUCUCCAUGCCACUUGUGCAGGAAAAACUGCCCCCUCCGGCACUGAAGUCUUUUGCACCACUUUCGGCUAUGGUGCCCUGCGACUUCCACCUUCUCAACCUUCGAACGUUGCAAGGAGAGGACGAGGCUUUGCCGUCUGCGGAGAUAGCUCUGAUUCUGCACCGGAAGGGCUUUGACUGCAGCCUGGAGGCCAGGAAUCUGGGCUUCAAUUGCACCACCACCCAGGGCGUGCUGUCCCUAGGUAGCCUAUUUCAGGGCCUGAACCUGAUCUCCCUGCAGCCCUCCUCCUUGACACUGAUGUAUCCGCUGGCCACGGCCUCCCCCAACAGCACCACCAUCCACCUUGACCCCAUGGAGAUUGCCACCUUCCGUCUUCGCUUCGGAUAGCCCGAACCCUUCAUCAGGGAUUUCUGCAUAUGGACCUUCUUCCUCCUCUGGCUCAGCUAGCUGCCCCAAAGGGAGCUGCUCCAAGCCGGGCAGAGACAGAGAUGAGAUCCUCGGCUAGCUGAUGCUGCAGAAAUUGCCCGGGGUGCUAUCUGUGCCUGGAGAACUUGGGGCACUGCUUCCAGAAAUUUGGUUCUAGUUUGACACGGAGGGCAGCGGACUAUGCUGUGAGGAGAGAUAGCUUACGCGGUUUGAGCAGUAGUGAAAACUUCAUUGCUGCUCUUCCCUGGCUCCGGAAACCAACUCUGUAGUUGGUUUGACUGACCCCAGACAUGCAGAACAGGUGCAGUGUGUAGCAAACACUGUGGAAGAGAGGAUGGGCCAAGGGGAGCUCCUGCAGCUUGAAGCAAAGUCCUCGUCUCUGGGUGCCCACUUCCUCCAGAAAGCGGGGUGGGCGUGGGGGGUGGAAGGCCUGUAAGCAGUGGCAAUUCACUCAGGGUUGGGAAGCAGCUCCCCAUAUUUUUUCAUAUAGGAGGGCGUGUUUCUCCAGUGUGAAUUCUCUAGAGAAAUGUUGACUACAUUCGUACUGUGAGCUACAGAGGGAAGGAAAAAGUCUUUCCCCCCAAAUCUCUGCUGCAGCUUGGUCCAAGACAACCUUUAGCUGAGUCCGCUGAAGGCCUGCCUUUUCAUUAUGGAUGAAGACAGGAAACUCCCUGGACAUUCCUGCUCCCUUUCCUGCCUUGAAUCCAAGAGUGAGGCCUGCUGCUGUGUUGCGGUUCAUAGAGCCAGCUGGCUCAAGACUCUCUUCCUUUCUGAAGGGUGAAGCCAGCAGUGCCAUCCCGCUACAGAACAUGUAGCUGAGGAGCAGCUCCUGCCCCAACUGCCCUUUCUCCCUGGCCAAAGGGCUCCCAGACAAACUUUGGGGAUGUGCCACCUUUUGCAUGGCACGUGUGCACAGCCCACAUACUUCAUUUAUGGCUCAGUGUGUCAUGCAAACCCAGAAAAUGCAUUGGGAUAAACCAUGAUUCAACUAACUGGGCUAGCAUCCUUUGUGAAGAAAGCCCUGAGAUUCUGGAGGGCCUUUUGCAAAUCUGAUGGCAUUGAGCCCUGCAGGACUGGUCGCACUGCCCAGAAGAGCAGUUUCGAGCUUAGGAAGGUGCUCCUCCAUCAAGCCUAAAAGAGGUUUCCAAUCGCCAGGAGGGCAACCUAGAAGUGGGCAAAGGCAGCAGAGUUGUUUCCUGCUUUGUCUGUUUCAUUUCUACAGGGUUCUGUCUCUGCGACAGGCUCUUCUUGGAUGUAGUAUGUUUACAGAUUGAUGAGUGGGCUGUCACUCCUAGGCCAUAAGAUCUACCCACAGGCGCAGUUUUCAGCAUGUGAUGCAAGAGCUGUACGUAAUGCAUAUGGUAAAUGCUGAGAAACCUAAAUUAGACUUUGGAAUCUCUUCUGUUUUUCAGGGAUGUUGAUUAGGAGGAGGAGAAACAAAGCCACUGUUUUCUGUGUUGCUCAAUUUGUGCUGCAUUAACUGAAUGAACAGGAUGUGAAAGUGCA